GCGCCUGCCAAGGUGCCGCCCGGUCAUUUCCCCAUCCUGUACUUUGCGGCGGCGGCCAGCUUCACGGGCAAGUCGACGGAGCAUCUUGCAGCGCCUCUCCCGUUGGGACGGCUCUUCGCCACACUGGACGAGAAGUACCCCGGCAUCCGUCAGAAGGUGCUGGACAGCUGCGCAGUGACGGUGAACUUGGCGUACGUUGACAUGGAGGGAGAAGAGGCGGCCGACCAGAAGCUGGUGAUUCAGGAGGGCGACGAGGUUGCCAUCAUCCCGCCCGUGAGUUCGGGGUAGGGCGAUUUCUUUGGAAAUGGAAGGAGGAGGUUCUUUGCUGUGGUUUUGCCAUGUCUCAUUCGUCAUGGUUCUGACGAUGUAUGGGACGAUCAAGAAUUGGAAGCGGAUGGUUUCAGCCGAGGCAAAGGAAUGGGAGAGGGACGGAGUAAUUGUAUCUCCCUGCUAUGAUUCUACCCAGUUCGCAGAAGAGAUGGUGUCCAUUGCCUGUGCUAUCGAAGCUGUCGUUGCAUGUGCCAAAUGAUUGGCA